CAACCAAGCCAUGACGCCGUUUCGGUUUCUAAGGGACAAUGAUCGUCGUUUCUUUACCUGUUUCUUUACAUCAUAACUUGCAUGUUUGAUACGAGAAACUCACAAAAAUACGGCUAGAGGCAUGUUUUCGUGACUCGCUUUUCUAUUUGGUCUCUGGUGUUUGCAAAAGUAACAAUUUUAAAGGCCAUUUUCACAGGAGGGCAAGCUAGGCUAACUUUAUUGUCAACAGAGUCUGUUUAUGUUAGCAUUAGCAAGCUAACCACAUUACUCAGUACCAGGAGUCAUUUCUGUUCUUCCAACAUGAGUGAGCAGCUGAAAUUCAUCGUUGAACAGCUCAACAAGGAGCCUUUCAAGAAAAAUUUCAACCUCAUCACUUUUGACUCCCUGGAGCCUUUACAGCUGCAGCAGGUUUUAAACGAUGUUCUGGCUGAAAUCGAUCCAAAGCAAGACAUGGACAUCCGAGAAGAAACGCCAGAACAAACAGUGAAGCGGAUGAGUUCCUUCUUGGGAAUAAUGAAAUACAAACCUCCUGGCAGCUUCUCAGAUGUGAGCAGCUUUCGCCAGGGUCUGGUGACUGGCAGCAAACCCGUGGUUCACCCAAUCCUCCACUGGCUGCUGCAGAAGGUUCCUGAGCUAAAGAAGAGGGCUUACCUGGCCUGCUUUCUGGUCAAGCUGGAGGUGCCUGCUGAGUUUUUGCAAGAUGAUGUCGUAAAUGACACUUAUCAUCAGUAUGAAGAGCUGGUGGAAGGAUUUAAGACGUACCAUAAGGAGUGUGAGCAUUUGAGGACUUCUGGCUUCUCUGCAGCAGAAAUCAAAAGGGACAUCGUUGCCAUGGAGGAAGAAAAAGAGCAACUAUUCAAACGUGUGGAGAGGUUAAAGAAGAGGGUGGAGUCCGUGUCCAACCAUCAGCGGAUGUUGGAGCAGGCCAGGCUGCUGCGAGUGGAGAAGGAGCGAGAGGAGUCACUGAGGCACCAAAAGCAAGAACAAAAGCGUCAACUUUUCCAGGUGGAGCAGAGACUGGUGAGGUCGCAGCAGCAGCUGAAGGACAUGCGACAGGCAGCAGCUAACACCAACCCAGAGAGCCUAAUGAAGAGACUUGAAGAGGAGAUCCAGAUCAACUCCUACAUGGUGUCUGAGAAACUCCCCAAAGAGCUGGAGGGCAUGAGGCGCACGGUGCAGUACCUCCAGAAAGUGGCUUCAGAGCCUGCAAUGGACCAAGCUGAUAUCCAGGAGCUAGAAGACAAGAUCAAAGAAGUGAACACUCAGAUAAACCAGCUGAUUGAGAAGAAGAUGAUGAAGAACGACCCCAUAGAUCAACUGGUUCCCUUCAAGCAGCAGGCGCUGAUUAUCACUCGAAAGAAAGAGUCAAAGGCAAAGGAGCUGCAGGAGGCCAGGGAGGUGCUCGCCGCUGCAGAGAGGGAGCUGAAGCGUAGAAGCGGCCAGGCUCAAGGCUCCUCUGGGGAGGAGAUCAUCCGCGAAGACGAGCUGAAACAUUUGGCAGCCAAGUUACGCAGCAAGAAAACCUCGUACACGAAAAAACACCAGGAGAUGGCCGAGCUGAAAGCAGAGUACGGAGUCCUGCAGCGGACUGAGGAGGUUCUCAAGAAGAGACACGAGGCUGUCCAAGAGAAGCUGCAAAGUGUGGAAGCUGAGAAGGGCAUCACUGGCUACAGCGACACUCAGGAAGAGCUGGAGAAGGUGUCUGCCAUCAAGAGUGAGCUCGACAACAAGAAGGGCCGCACCCUGGAUGACAUGUCAGGAAUGGUGAAGAGGUUAAACUCCGUGAUAGUAGAGAAGAAAUCAGCUCUUGCACCAAUUUUAAAAGAGCUGAGGACACUGAGACAGCAGUGGGGGGAGCUGAGUCAAGAGCACGAGUCAAAGAAGGCCCAGUAUGAAAGUUGUGCCGCUGGUUUGGAAAGCAAUAGAUCUAAACUGGAACAGGAGGUGAAGUCAUUAAGGGAGGAGGUGGCCCAGAAGGAAAACCGAUACCAUUACAUUAACUCCAUGUUAGAGAUCAUUGAGAUGCAGAUGCAGCGGGCAGCUGAGGAGACCAAACUCUACGUGUCCUCCGACCCCCUGGAGAAGAGGAAGGCCAUCAGGGAAGUGUACAUGAAAAAUAUUGCAGAGCAGGAGUUACUUGGCAAGAAGUUACGAGAGGAGCAGAAGAUGGUGAAGGAGAACCACGCCGCCAACAUGGAGCAGGUGGAGAUGUGGCGUGACCUGCAGCAGCUGAUGGAAUGCAAGAGGCGGUGUUUUAUAAAGGCAUAGAGCCAGGUUUCUAUUGGUCAGGUCAUUCAGGAAGGAGGGGAGGACCGGCUGGUGCUGUGAGGACAAGUCCACGCAACCACGUCAAACCUAAUAGUCCUGAGGGUUCUGGAACACGUCACUAACCUUUAACCAAGUAGUAAAAACAGACUCUUGAGUUUUCCCUUGUUCUGUCAGAGUCAACUAUGUUAGAGGACAAGAGGUUUCACUUUGUCUUUUUACACAUCUCUAAGAAAACACUUUGAGUCACCGUGUCCAAACACAUCAGCUCCAGCGUUUCACCAGGGAUGUGGCAGCAGUUCACUGUUUGUGUUAGCGCAGAGUAAACCCUCCGGCUGAGUGGAGUUACGUUCCACAGAGCUCUCCGACACUGAUCAUUAUUUAUGUGAGUUCUGCUUGUAGAGAGGUUUUUGUCUAAUUCACAUUACUGACACUUUUAUGGUUUAUGUCUGUGCGUCCGAUUCAUAAACUGAUAUUCAUGAA